AUGGCUAGUUUUCAGGCCGUGAAAAAAUCUAUCAAUUUGGCGCCAACCGUGCGGACACUAGCUUCUGGUGUACCAGCAGCUCCCGCACUAAAUCUUCAUGUUCGAGCGUCAGCCGACGACCAUGGUCAUGGUCAUGGUCCUUCGGGUCCUCGUUUAGAUACUCCUCCUCGGUGGGCAGGCGGUUUCCAAAGAACUACACAUUCGUUGUCUUCCAAGACACUCUUGAAUGCUCCGACCACCACCACUUUCCAAUCCCGCCUUCUUCAUACCUCUGCAGUCGCGAAAGAUGCACCUGAGGUUCCCGACUUUGGAUCUUACCGCACCAACAGCACUGACUCCAACCGCACACUUUCCUACGCUUUGGUCGGAACCAUGGGUGUCCUCUCUGCAUCGGUUGCAAAGUCCUCUGUCACCGAAUUCUUGCAGACAAUGUCCGCUUCUGCCGAUGUACUUGCUCUGGCAAAGGUAGAAGUUGAGUUGGGUAACAUUCCAGAGGGCAAGAACGUGAUUAUAAAAUGGCGAGGGAAGCCCGUGUUCAUCCGACACAGAACUCAGUCCGAAAUAGACGAGGCGCGUUCUGCCGAAUGGAGGUCUUUCAGGGACCCGGAGAGUGACGAGCAGAGAACGAAGAGGCCAGAGUGGUUGGUUAUGUUGGGUGUUUGCACCCACUUGGGAUGCGUACCGAUUGGAGAAGCUGGAGAUUUUGGUGGAUGGUUCUGUCCUUGCCAUGGCUCGCACUACGAUAUCUCCGGACGUGCCCGCAAAGGUCCUGCUCCUCUCAACCUUGAAAUUCCUCAAUAUGAAUUCAACGACGCCGAAGGGAAACUAGUUGUCGGAUAA